AAAAGGGCUUCGAGGGCAGCUGUAGGUUUUCACGCUCUUUCAAACAAAAAAAAUUUUAAAAUACAUUGAAUGAACCAGGAAGGAGAAAUUUGGGAUGCGCUUUUGAGAAAGUGGAAACUGAGAAAAAACAGAAAACAUUUUUUGAUUUUUCAAAAAACAGCUGUUUUUUCGAAUAGGGGGUGACGAAAAUCUUCGAAAAUUUUGGACAAAAAGGAGGUAUCGAGAAAAACUUUUUUAUCAGUUAUGAAAGAGCAGAUCACGGGCUAUCCUCCCACGUAUUUAUCUCAAUUUCGAUUUUUCUGACGAAAAUUGACUUUUUUGAGGGGGGGGGGNACUCGAGCCCGUCCCUCCUCGUACGUUUCUGUUUUCUUCUCCUGAUUGUUAUGUUGUCCGUGGGUUUGCGGCGGGUGGGGGGGCGGGGGUGGGCUUAAGCCAUUUUGAGUUGAGGCUAUGUGCAUCACAGGUGGACUCUAAUGAGCUAUGAAUAUCGUGAAAAGAGAUCAGACUCUUAGCUGAUUGCUGUAGAGAUACUAAAUUUUUAAGAUAUUUUUGUAAUUCAAUGUCGUGGAUCGGAUUUGGGCUUGAAAUUUUGAAGCCUGAUGGGCUUUAGUCAUCUGAAAAAUGUGUAGAGUGCACUAAUCAUCAAAUACCGACUAGAAAAUUUUCUUGAGAGUAUUUAUGUGCAGCUUGAUCGAAUUCAAAAAUAUUGAAAACAAUGAGCUCUAUAUGCAGAUCUUAAUGAUAAAUAGUUUAUUGUGAAAGUUUUAGGUCUUUUGUUUCCUUGUAAAAUUUAAAAUCCUAAUUCGAAAAGCAUUUUUCCUAGCGUUUCUGGAGGAAAUUCCAGCAUCCCAUUGAAAAAAAACAACCUUAGAAAUGUAUUAUAAGUUAAAGAUCCGAAAUCUGUUCAGGAUAUUCAUAGCUCAUGAAGAUCUACAUAUUGCAGAUAGUCUCGUCACAAGAGUAAUGAAUCAGUUUGAAGACUUUAUUCGUAAGCUGAGAUUUUUGAAUGUUGAUUGAGAAGACUAAAUUAGAGAUAUAUUUAGAAAACUUAAAGAAUACUUUAUAGAACACUAUUUAAUGUUAAUUUAAUCUUUGAGUUAGAUCGAAUAAUCUACAACAUAAAAGUUUGUGAUUUAUUCAAUAUAUUUUGAUGUGUUAGUUACCAAUACCUGAUAUUUAUCGUGGUAAAUAUCGUGAUAUUGAUUAUAAUUAUGAUGAAGAAAAAUUAUGUCAGUUAUAUGUCGAUGAUGUUCGUCAAAUUGUUGAAGAAAUUGAAUCACGUGGUCGUCGUAUUGCAAUAUUUUUAAUUGAAUCAUUACAAUCAUGUGGUGGACAAAUUAUUUAUCCAAAAGGUUAUCUUAAACAUACAUUUAAUUAUCUUCAAUCAAAAGGUAUUUUAUGUCUUGUCGAUGAAGUUCAAACAGGUUUUGGUCGAUCUGGUACUCAUUUUUGGGCAUUUCAAUCAUAUGAAGAAGAUAUUGUUCCUGAUUUUGUUACAAUGGGUAAAUCUAUGGGUAAUGGAUUUCCAGUUGCUGCUUUGGUGACACGUCGAUGUAUAACACAAAAAUUUGAUAUGGAUGGUAUUGAAUAUUUUAAUACCUAUGGUGGUAAUCCAGUUAGUUGUCGUGCAGCUAUUGCUGUACUUGAUAUAAUUGAAAGAGAAAAAUUAAUGGAAAAUGCUCGAGAUGUUGGUAGUUAUUUAUUAAAUAAAUUAAAAGAAAUAGGCAAAAAAUAUUAUAUUAUUGGUGAUGUACGUGGUCGAGGAUUUUUUCUUGGAGUUGAAUUUGUACGUGAUGCAAAAACACGUGAACCUGGUAUUGAAGAAGCACAUGAAAUCAAAUAUAAACUUCGUGAACACAUGAUUAUUGUUUCACUUGAUGGACCUGAUCAUAAUGUUCUUAAAUUUAAAUCGCCAAUGUGUUUUUCAAAAGCUGAUGCGGAUUUUCUUUGUGGCAAAUUGGAAACACUUGUUAGAGAAUGUCAAAAUAAGAGAGAUGAAAAACAAGAAACAAUUAUGUAG